AACGACUCGCCCGCAAAUGCCCACUUGAACGCGCCAACAGCCACAACAUCGUCGCAACAUGGCCAUGGCGCCGGUCUCCAGCGAUACGAGCUCGUUUGUCGGGCGAUUGGCGACAUUCGAGCAGCCACAACAACUCACGAAGCGACGCGCCAGCUGCAACACCACCAAGAGGAAAGCCGGAAAUACCGUCGAGUGGCCGCAUGCGCAUCCUUCCAAGGAGGCGCUUGCCCGCGCGGGUUUCUUCUACCGGCCAGCUUCCGAUUCGGACGACAAUGUCCAGUGCUUCCAUUGCAGUGUCAAGCUUGAUGGCUGGGAAGAGACGGACGACCCAAUAUCGGAGCACUUGGCGCAUUCCAACUACUGCGCAUGGGCGACAGCCAUCAGCGUGACGCGAGACGAAGAUUCGACACAAACCGCAGAAACGCGAGACCCGAUGGGCGAGGAGUUAUACACAGCGCGAAAGCAGACAUUCACGACUGGAGAAGGCUGGCCUCAUGAGUCGAAAAAAGGAUGGAAGUGCAAAGUCGCGAAGCUCGUCGAAGCAGGAUGGUGUUGGGACCCGAGCCCGGACGGUGAUGAGCCAGAUGGAGUUACUUGCUUCUACUGCAAUUUGAGCCUUGAUGGCUGGGAGCCCAAAGACGAUCCUUUUGUGGAACACAAACGACGAGAGCCCCAGUGUCCAUUCUUCGCACUAGUCGAACAUUAUCAUGGCACCGCAGAGCCCAUGAAGAAGACCAAGGCCAAGGGCAAGAGCCGAGGCAGCACUGCGAGCAAAGCAAGCAGAGUCAGCACACAGAGCGCGAUGACUGCAGCGAGUGAUGCGCAAAGUUUGAGAGAUAGCCUGGGCGACAUUCCGCCGAACAGCAGUCUGGCCCAAGUUGAUGAUAGUAUCAUGACGGCAGGCACGACCGCUUCAACAGCAACAACCACCAAAGGGAAGAAGAAGACCACAAAAGCUAAAGCGCCAGCUAAGGGCGGCAGGGGUAAGAAGAAGGCUGCAAAAGAGGAAGAGGCUGUUGAAUUGCACGAUCUGGACUUGGAGCAGGGACAAUUGCCGGCCGAAGAAUUGGCAACCUCACAGCCGACGACCAAGCCCAGAGGAACAGGACGCGCAUCAAAACAAACAGUAGUUGAUUCUUCAGUGAUUGAGGUGAGCAGUCUCGAUGCUGUGCCGACCAAGAAAGCGACACGCGCCAAGAAGCCAAAGGUGCAACCACAGGCUGAGCCAGCUGUGGAACAGGAGCCGGAUGAGGUACCACAGACGCCAGAUGCAGACGCCAUCGAAAAAGCACGCUUGCGCGAAGUCUCUGCACAACUUCAAGAAGAGCUGGACCAGUCUGUCGAUAACUUCGGCGAGGACCUCGACCAGUCUACGCCGAUUGUGCCAGAGCACCCAAAACCGAAGCGCGGCACUAAGCGAAUGUCAGACGGCAUGCGAAAACAGCAAGACUCUAGCAGCUUACUUGACAUGGACCCGCCCUCAAAGCCUGAACCUGAGCCGAAAGCUAAGCGUGGCCGAAAAGCGAAGCAGGCCUCUACAGCGUCGACAGAGGCGACGGUCGAGACAGGCACAGACGCAACAGAUGUGCUCGUUACUGAGGAUCGAAUAGAGCUCGAUCUUCCUGCAGCGAGUCAAGAUGCAGAAGCUGAUGACGAGAACUCACAACCGAUCAAGAAGAAGGCAACGGCGAAGAAGAGCAAAGCGAAGCCGAAAGGCAAGAAAGGCUCUUCUGUGCGGUCUUCGAAGACAUCGGCUGUGACUUCCGGGCCAGAGAAUACUGAGCUCGAAGCAGAACCAGAAGAAGAUCUCGCUCGCGACGAAUUGGAGAUUGAGCAAGAACUCGAGCGCAUAGCGACUGAGCAAGCCUCUCAAGGAGCUCUCGCUAUACAAGCGGAACAAGAAUUGGUCAACGAGUACGAGCCGUCACCAUCACAAGGGCGGCGCAGCAAAGACAACGCAGAAAUGCAGCAGCUUCGAGAUGAAGUCGCUGCGGAAGCGGAGAAGGCGUUCUCACCAGACCGCGUGUCUUUACUGCGACAGUCGUCGCGGAUGCCGGGUGGUUUUACACCGUCUCCUAGCGGAAGUGACAAGGAAAAUGUGCCAUCUUCUGUGGCGCAGCCUUUGACUGCACAAAAGGCUCCUCAGCUGUUCCUUUCACCCUCAAAAACAACGAGAAUACCUUUGGCGCCUGGCACACCGAAUCGAUCGCCAUUGAAGACGAAGAAUGUGUCGCCAUCCAAGCAGGUCUCUGGACUCCAGUCCUCUGUUCCUUGGACAGCUGUCGAUCUGGAUAUGGUGUUUUUGCCUAGUCCGCAACCCAGUCCCGGGCGAGUUGGAGAGCAGCUUGUUGCCGCUGCCGGAGCAUUGACAAGCCCGGAAAAGAAGAUGAGCGUAGAAGAAUGGGUUCGAUAUCGCGCCCAACAGGGCGAAGUCGAGUUGAAGAGGAAAUGUGAGCGAAUGGUCGAGACAUUUGAAAAGCAAGGCAUGAGAGCCAUGGAGAGCUUGCAGGGCAUCAAUAUUGUUGGAUAGACGUCCAUUGUUGGUCCACUUGUGCAUUGCGAGGGCGUUUUGGUGGCAACGCAAGUGGCUGUAUAUGCAUUUUGAUCGUUUAGCGGUGAUGAUAUGACAGUACCGCCAGCAUUGUAAAUGCAUGACUGCGGGCUACUAUAUGAAUGGGAUUGAACUUCGAACUCCUUCACAAUUUUGCUCUUGAUCGCUGAUACGGUUAUCUAUUGGCGACGAUGCUGACCAUGAGACCACCAAGAAACUAGCUCAUGACCACACGCACAAGGCCAAAAU